AUGGCCGGCAAGUUCCCGUCGGACCACCUCAGCGCUGCCCUCCUCCGGGAGACGGACCCGGCCGCCGCGCUCCGCCUCUUCCUUAACCCGCCGAACGCCACGCUUUCCGCCCCAUUCCGCUACUCCCUCCGCUGCUACGACCUCAUCAUCUCCAAGCUUGCCGCCGCGCGCCUCUUCUCCGCCAUGGAGUCCAUCCUCUCCUGCCUCCCGCCCGCCGUCCCCUCCUCCGUCUGCCGCGACGCCGGUAUCUCACCCAACGAGUGCACCUAUAACAUCCUCAUGCGAGCGGCGGCAGCGGCGGGCUCCCUCGAGCACGUGCGCCACCUGUUCGACGAAAUGCUGCUUAUAGGAGUGUCGCCAACUGUCACCACGUUCGGCAUCAUGGUCGCUGCACUAUGCGACGCUGACAAACUGGAACAAGCAUUCGAGGUGAAGGAGGCCAUGGUUAGGCGGUACAACGUGUCGCCAAAUGCUUCUUUGUAUGCCAGUCUCAUCAAGGGGCUCUGCCAGAGACAGAAGGUAGAUGCUGCAAUGAGGCUCAAGGAUGAGAUGGCCGGGAACGCAGAACUUGUGCGAGUUUCAGCUGUUUAUGGUACGCUUGUACGGGCAUUGUUCCAGGUAGGGCGCAAAGAUGAGGUAGUUGGAUUGCUGAAGGAGAUGAAAGAGAGGGAGAUCGUGCCUCAUAGGGUGGUGUUCAAUGCCAUGAUUGCCGGUUUGUAUGAGGAUGAGAGAGAUCCUGGUGCUGCAUUGGCUGUGCUUGAUGACAUGCAGAAGAAGCAUAGGUGCAAGCCGGAUGGGGCGAGCUAUAGUACGUUGGUUGCGGGUCUGUGCAAGCUGGGCAAGUGGCGGGAUGCGAUUGAAUUAGUCAAGGACAUGCCAAGGCGGGGCUUCCCUCCGGAUGUGGUGACCUACAGAAUGCUCUUCGAUGGGUUGUGUGCUGCUGGUGAGUUUCAUGAGGCAAACAAGGUUUUGGGUGACAUGACUGUCAAGGGUUUUGCACCAAGAAUGGAUGGCGCAAGGAAGUUUGUUGAGGGGGUUGAGAAGGAAGGAGAUGCAUUGUUGCUGGAGGUGUUGUGCAGUCUGGCGAAGGUGAAUGCUCUGGAGUCAGGUGGAUGGGAGAAAGCUGUGGGUGGUGUGUUCAAUGAUCGUGGAAAGUUGAGGUUAGAGAAGCAGCUAGAGUCUAUAAGGUUUACUUGA